GUUGCAACCUCAAGAUAUCCAAGGCAUACGAAUACAAGUGAAUAUUCUAACUUGGCUACUGGAUGCCAAUGCCCAGUGAUGCGGCUCUGCUCUGGACUGGGGAAAAGAACAUGGAAACUUUCAUCAUCAAGGCUAGUGGCACCGAAUAAGUUUUCUGAGUACCUAAUUUUGCGGUGCAAGGUGAGACCACCAUGUAUCUUUGGAAGCCAUAAUCACUUACUGCAUGCCAUAAUUAACCAGGGCCUCCAGGUCCCAAAGCAUGGUGAUCAUGUUGGGGAUUCAAAUUGGAGACAAGGGGCCUCCAAUGAUAUCUCGAGGGCUUACACUACCCAAUUUUGGUUUCAUCUCAUGUGUGCUCCAAACGGACCUGUAGCAUUGCUGCAGCUCAGAUGUUUACCGCACAUGAAUGUUUAGUUGUCGGUGAGAUGAACAAGGUAUCCGAAAAGGACAUCCUGUUAUACGUACAGAACCUGAAUGCAAGGUAGGUACGGAUACUCCAACGGGAACUCGAGCUGCAUGUUCUGCGGUCCUCGACUCCUUGAGUGGUGGUUACCAUGCACGGUGCCUGCCUCGACUUACAGCUUCCUUGUUGGUAAAGCUCCGGUCCUCC